AUGACGACCAUCCCCGAGGCCUUGAGUCGCUCACGGAGCAGCUCCUCCCGCAGCUUGGCUGGGACACUGGAGACCACCUUGGGCAUGGGGACACUGGAGGUGGACAAGGAGGAGAUGCGCAUCCUCAAGGUCUGCUUCUACAGCAACAGCUUCAACAUGGGCAAGAACUUCAAGCUGGUGAAGUGCCCUGUGACGACGGAGAUCCGGGAGGUGAUCAAGUCCAUCCUGGUCAGCGGCCGCAUCGGACCCGACAUCAAGUUGUCCGAGUGCUACGGGCUCCGCCUGAAGCACGUGAAGUCGGAUGAGAUCCACUGGCUGCACCCGGACCUCACGGUGGGCGAAGUGCAGGAGAAGUACGAGUGCCUACACCUGGAAGCUGAGUGGAGGUAUGAUCUCCAAAUCCGCUACCUGCCAGAGGACUUCAUGGAACGCUUCAAAGAGGACAGGACCACCUUGCUCUACUUCUACCAGCAGCUCCGCAGUGAGUACAUGCAGUCCUACGCCAGCAAGGUGAGCGAGGGCAUGGCCCUGCAGCUCGGCUGCCUGGAGCUCCGGAGGUUCUAUAAGGACAUGCCUCAUAACGCGCUGGAGAAGAAAUCCAACUUCGAGUUCCUUGAGAAGGAAGUGGGCCUGGACCUCUUCUUCCCCAGCCAGAUGCAGGAGAACCUGAAGCCCAAGCAGUUCCGGAAGAUGAUCCAGCAGACGUUCCAGCAGUACGCGCUGCUGCGGGAGGACGAGUGCAUCCUCAAGUUCCUCCACACCCUCGCCACCUUCGCCAACAUCGACCAGGAGAGCUACCGCUGCGAGCUCAUCCAAGGGUGGAACAUCACGGUGGACCUGGUCAUCGGACCCAAGGGCAUCCGGCAGAUGACGAGCAAAGAGGCAAAGCCCACCUGCUUGGCUGAAUUCAAGCACAUCAAGUCCAUCAAGUGCUCCAGGGCGGAGGAUGGUCAGGCUGUGCUGCAGCUGGGGCUCAGUGGCACCCCCCAGUCCCUGGCGAUCAAAACAGCUUCCCUGGCUGAGGCAGAGAACAUGGCCGACCUCAUUGACGGCUACUGCCGCCUGCAAGGGCACCUGGAAACCUCACUCAUCGUCUGCCCCAGGAGAGAGAGGGAGAAGAGGAUCAGCCUGCCCCAAAUCCCAGCCCCGCACCUGGAGGAGCGGCAGUCCACGCUGUCAGACAGCAUGAGCAUGGAUUCUGAUAUUUAUGCUGAAAUCCCUGAUGAGUCCUCAAGACCGAGGUCUGGAGCCCAGCACUACGGGAUCUCCCGGGAAGAUGUUUCGUUGGGUAGGAUCCUGGGAGAAGGCUUCUUCGGAGAGGUCUACGAGGGGAUCUACACCACCCCAAAAGGGGAGCGAGUCAAUGUGGCAGUAAAGACCUGCAAGAAGGACUGCAGCCUGGAGAACAAGGAGAAGUUCCUGAGUGAAGCAGUGCUGAUGAAGAAGCUGGACCACCCCCAUAUCGUGAAGCUCAUUGGCAUUGCAGAGGAGGAGCCCACCUGGAUCAUCAUGGAGCUUUAUCCUUACGGAGAGCUGGGACAAUACCUGGAGCAGAACAAGCACUGCCUGGCCGUGCCCAUGCUCAUCCUCUACGCGCUGCAGAUCAGCAAAGCCCUGGCCUACCUGGAGGCCAUCAACUGCGUGCACAGGGAUAUUGCUGCGAGGAACAUCCUGGUGGCAUCCCCAGAGUGUGUGAAGCUGGGUGACUUCGGGCUCUCCAGGUACAUCGAGGACGAAGAGUACUAUAAAGCUUCUGUCUCCCGUCUCCCCAUCAAGUGGAUGUCGCCCGAGUCCAUCAACUUCCGCCGCUUCACAACAGCUAGUGAUGUCUGGAUGUUUGCCGUGUGCAUGUGGGAGAUCCUAAGCUAUGGGAAGCAGCCCUUCUUCUGGCUGGAGAACAAGGAUGUGAUCGGGGUGCUGGAGAGGGGCGACCGCCUGCCCAAGCCUGACCUCUGCCCACCCAUCCUCUACACCCUCAUGACACGUUGCUGGGACUAUGACCCCAGCGAAAGGCCCAAGUUCAAGGACUUGGUUUGCAGCUUGAGUGACAUUUACCUGAUGGAGAAGGACCUAGCCAAGGAGCAGGAGAGGAACAACCGCCACCGGCCUCCCAAAAUCAUGGAGCCACCAUCCUUCCAGGACCCACCCCCAAAGCCCAGCAGACCCAGGUACAAGCCGCCACCUCAGAGCAACCUCCUGGCUCCCAAGCUGCAGUUCCAGUACCAGUCUCCGGCCGCCUCGCUGCGCACCCCCCCGCCCCAGCGACACGGCGGCCUCAAGCGCCACAGCAUGAGGGAGGAAGAUCUUCUCCGUCCCAGCAGCAGGGAGGAGGCGCAGAAGCUCUGGGAGCUGGAGAGGCUCAAGAUGCAGCAGGUCCUGGAUAAGCAGCAGAAGCAGAUGGUGGAGGACUACCAGUGGCUGCGCCAGGAGGAGGAGUCCCUGGACCCCACGGUGUUUAUGAACAACAACAUUCCUCCGCUGCUCCCGGAGAAGGAGACGGAUUACACCGAGUUCACGGUCCCCCCCCAGAAGCCUCCAAGACUUGGGGCACAGCCCAUCCACCCGACCCCCACGGCCAACCUGGACCGCACGGAUGACAGGGUGUACAGCAACGUGAUGGACCUGGUGCGGGCAGUGCUGAAGCUGAAGAACGAGAUCAGCCUCCUGCCCCCCGAGGGGUACAUCCUCGUGGUGAAGAACGUGGGCCUGUCCCUGCGGAAGCUGAUCGGCAGCGUGGAUGAGAUCCUGCCUGUCCUGCCUGCUGCCUCCCGCACCGAGAUCGAGGGGACCCAGAAGCUGCUCAACAAGGACUUGGCCGACCUCAUCAACAAGAUGCGCCUGGCGCAGCAGAACGCAGUCACCUCGCUGAGGGAGGAGUGCAAGAGGCAGAUGCUGACGGCCUCCCACACCCUGGCUGUGGACGCCAAGAACCUCCUGGAUGCCGUGGACCAAGCCAAGGUCCAGGCUAACCUGGUGAAGCUGUGCUUGGAGUGA